UAGCAUAUAUUUUUAAAUUCUCACUGGCUCUCUCUGUCCCUCCGGUGCUGCAAUGGCGCUUCCUUCAGCAUUCCGUGAAAGGCUGGAACAGAUGGAGCAGACAAGAAUCCAACGCCUCUCUCUCCUUCAGGCAGAGAAAGAGCUUCAGAAGAGUAAAUCUCAGUUAUUAGCUGCAAAUAUAGCCAACAUCAGAUCCAUGGAACAGCGAUGCCUAAAACUCGACUGUAAAAUCGCUCACCAACACUUCGUCAUUUCUUCUCUCAAGUCUCAAAUCGAUAGCCUUGACUCUGCUUACCUUCGUAAUCUCCAAAAAUUUAGGACUUUGAAAAAAGAGGUGGAAGGAUUGGAGGAGUUGGAAAAACAGAAAGAGAGCUAUUAUAGCUCACAAAGUUGUGAAAUGGAAGAAUUCAAGGCCCAAGUGGACAACUUUGUGGAUGAAUGUCAAGUCCAGGUAAAGAAACUGAGGAGCCGGGUUAAAGAGCUCAAGUCCAGUUUCUCAGAACUUCAAGGCAACCUUAUCUGUCCAAAUAAUUCUGAGAUAGCAGCGGCCGAAAAUAAAAAAUCUGAACUUCUUAUUAUGAAAGAGAAUUUGGUUAGGAAAUUGGCUUCUAAUUAUGAAGUAAAACAACAGUUGAAAAAGCAACUUGUCAGUUUACUCGAAGACCAAGUUAAAGAAAGGAAGAUGUAAUGUUAGUAUGCUGAAAAUAAAUUGUUUAUAGCAGCAGAAAUUACAAAGCUACACAUAUGUAUAGAAAUAGUCUUCAAUAUAUUUUGCUUAACGUGACGUCUGAUCAGUGAACAAUUUUAUUCCAUUGACAUCAUGUACUUGUGAUCAACAUAAUAAUCUCUUAUUCAACCUUGAGGAUCCAGAAUUUACAAUCCUGGUUUCAUUCAAGUUGUUCA